CAUGCCUAACUUUAUUGUUAUGCUUUUAUUUUGAGAGUACAAUAGAUAAUGCAUGUAUUUGAAUAUGUCUUUAUGGUAAUUAGCUGUAUAUGUUUAUCUCUACAAGAAAAUUUUGAAUGCUCAACUUAUCAAUAAGUAAUACAAAAUUUUUAAAAUCACAUAGAUACUACUUACUAAAAUAUUUGGCUAAGUUAUAAAAAAUUGAAGAAAGUAGAAGUGGAGUUUAGAGCAAUCAAAACCUGAUUAGAAUGGAACAUACCCCAAAACGUAGACUUGAAGAAAGUAUUAGGUGUGAUGCGACCAAAUCAUAUUUUUCCCUAUACUUCGUAUAAUUGUCAUUAGAAUGAAAUUAGUGGUUAUGAAUAGGAAGAAACUUAAAGCACUUUUAUAUACAACAAAGAUACAAAUAAGGAGUUAUGAGGCAUACAUGAAAAAUUUGUCUCUCUAACAUGACUUUUUCUGUCAGUUUCGAGUGAAUGGCGAGGAAAAUGAAGAACGGGGGGAGGGGACAACCAGUUCAGGGGAGUAAUCCAAGCAAAAGGAUUGUUCUGCAAUCAGUAGAUUCUAAGAAAACUAGGAGUAUCAAUGUCAUACAAGGAAUUGUUCCGCUAGGGUUAAGCCAGGUGUCUUCCUCAACGGCACCGGCGAUGACUCGGGCGAGGAGCUCCACAGGAAGAGUUGAUUCAACUCCAAUAGCAAUUGUUCAUAGGAAAACGUCUUGGGCAGACAUGAAGGAAGAAGAAAGUGCUGGGGAAAUUGGUACUAACCUAAACCUUAGGUCCUCAGAGAAGGCCAAUGCUCAAUCAUGGAGUAAGGUAGUAGGUCCAAUUCCGGCUGGUGAGGGAUUGGAUCUGACUGGCGAUGUGGCAAAUAAAGACAAUGUCUAAAUCACAAUAGAAGAUAUCGAAGAUGAAAUAGUAUACUGGAAAAUUGCUGUCAUAUGCUAUGUGUUGGGUUCAAAUCCACCAUUAUCGGUAAUUAAUGGCUAUUUCAGAAGAAUUAGGGGAUGUAUGGGCAUUGACAAGGUUGCUCAAGUGAAUAGAGGGGUUUUUCUAGUUAGAUUUCAUUCAGGGGAAAACAAAAUUAAAGAUGUAGAAGGAGUCCAGAUAUUUAAUAAAAAGCAGUGAUUGUAAAACCAUGGAACCAGACAUUGAUGUGAGCAAAGAACAAAUAGAUAAGAUCCCUGUGUGGAUUCGUAUAAGGGAGUUGGACAUUAAAUAUUGGGGCAAAUCAGCAUUGACAAAAAUUGCUGGAAUGGGUGGAAAACCUCUCGAAGCAGAUAGGGCAACAACUAACAAGGAGAGACUAGUUUUUGCAAGAGUAUUAGUAGAAGUCUCACUUAAUCAGAAAUAUCCAACUUCUGUGUUCUUUGAAAAUGAAUGGGUAAAAUAAUAGAACAAUAUGUCGAGCAUGAAUGGAAGCCUACAUUAUGCCCAAAGUGUAAAAACACUGGACAAUGAGCUACAGGACUGCAGGAAACUUCAGAUAGCGGAGAUAGAUAAGAAAGGUAAGCAAGUAGAGGAGGUGCAACAAACAGAUAAGAAAAUAUAGAAACUAGUACCACAAGGACAACAGAAGAAGGGAAUAAAAGUAUGGAAUAACAUGGAGGAAACAAGAGCAAACAGAGGUGAUGAAGGCAGGAAGGGACCUAGAAAUGGAGAUAUCAAUAAAACAAUGAUGAUUAGCACUAAGAUUAUAUUUGAUGAAUUGGGAUAGAAUCAAGGGAAGGAAGUUGAAAGAUCCAACCUAGUGCCCCUGACCCCAAAGAGGACAUAGGGGAUAUAGGACCCAAACUUGAGAGGGAUGGGGCAAUCCGCCCUACUAAUGAAUAAGAUAGGUUUUUGGAAUGUCACGGUUCUAAAUAGGUUGGAAAAAUAGAGAGAAGUCAAUUUGUUUAUGCGCAAUUGUAGGGUAAGACUAUUUGGACUCAUGGAGACUAAGAAUAAGAGAGCUAAAGAAGAUAAACCUACUCUUAAUAUAUGUAAUGGAUGGUCUUUGACAAAAAACCUAACACAGCAUAAGGGAGGUAGGAUUUGGGUGGUGUGGAAAACAACUAUGCAUGAAGUUAGUAUAGUAAGAACAACAUAUCAGCGCAUACAUUAUAUAAUUAAACACAUAGGGACUAGUAAGCAAUACUAUCUUACAAUACUAUCUUACAAUAGUAUAUGCUUACAAUGAUAUGGCAUUGAGAAGGGGAUUGUGGAAAGAUCUGGAGGACCUAUGUACUCAAAUACCUGGUCCACGGGCAGUCAUGGGUGAUUUCAAUAGUGUUCUGAACAGAGAGGAAAGAGUGGGAAGCCAUGUUACAUUAGCAGAAAUGAGAGACUUCAGACAAUGUAUGGAAGCUUGUUGUUUUCAAGAGCUGAGGUCCACUAGAGCUUUCUACACUUGGAAUAAUAAGCAAAGUGGAGAAGACAAAGUCAUGAGUAGAAUUAAUAGGGUAAUGGUCAAUACGGUUUGGAUGACUGAUCCACCAGCCUUAGAAGUAAAUUUUCAUGAAUGAAGGAUUAUAUGAUAAUUGUCCUGCAGUGGGACAAUGGGAUGAUGGGGUUACAAACAUAAGCAGACCAUUCAAAUACUUUAAUAUGUGGAUACAACACAAGAUUUUCAAAACAAAGUUAAGAGAAGCUGGAAAAUGAGGAGUACAUGAACAAAGUUGUACUAAUUGGUGGGGAAACUUAAUAGACUGAAAAGAUUUUUAAAGGAGUUAAACAUAUCUUCUUUUAAUAAAAUAAUAUUCAGUAUAGAGCAAGCUAAAGAAAAACUGUUGUAAUGCCGGAAAAAUAUCCAAAUUGAUCCUAUGAUUAGAACACUCAUUGGAGAGGAACAAGAGCUAUCAAAGGCCUAUAGUAGGCUGAAGAUAGCAAAUCAAUUAUUCCUUAGAUAGAAAGGAAAGGUACAAUGGCCGACUCAAGGUGAUCAAAACCCAAGAAUGUUUCACAGCUUCAUGAAAGCAAGAAGGAAUGAAAACAGAAUAUUCUCUAUUAAGGGAAGAAGGCGGUCAAACAAUAAACAAUAUCGAUGGAAUUGCAAGGGCUUUUGUGGAGUUUUAUACAAAAUUGUUGGGGACGAAAAAAGAUAGCAGGAAACAUGUAUGCAGCAACAUAAUUAGAGCAGGACCUAUUGUGAAUAAAGAACAGAGGAUAAUGUUUGAAGCUGAUUUCACAAGUGUAGAGGUAAAGCAAGCUCCGUGGGGCAUUGAUGGAGAAAAAGCACAAGGGCCAGAUAGAUAUGGGAACAGUUUCUUCAAAGACUACUGGAACACUGUAGGGAAAAAUCUAACGGCGGGAGUAUUAGAAUUCUUUGUUACAGGGAAGAUGUUGAAGGCACUGAAUAACAAAGUGACAACAGUCAUUCCAAAAACAAAAUAUGCAGACAAAGUGGGAGAUUAUCGUCCAAUUGCGUGCUGCAACACAGUGUAUAAAGUGAUAUAAAAAAUGUUGUGUAACAGACUCGAGCAAAUAUUGCCUUGUAUAAUAUCGAAGAAUCAAAGUGCAUUUGUAGCAAGUAGAACUAUUGUGCAAAACAUACUAAUCUGCCAGGAUUUAGUGAGGUUAUACAAUAGGAAGAGUACGACAAAGAGUUGCUUGAUAAAAAUUGAUCUUAGAAAAGCAUAUUACUAUGUGAAAUGGGCUUUCGUAGAGGAAAUGUUACAUGCUUUGAACUUCCCAACAAGGUUCAUCAAAUGGAUAAUGGCUUGCAUAUCAACCCCCCAGUAUAUAGUUACAAUCAAUGGUGGAAUGUAUGAAAAGAUUAUAGGGAAAAAAGGGGCUUCGACAAGGGGAUCGUGUAUCACCUUUGCUGUUUCUAAUAUGCAUGGAAUAUCUAACAAGAAUAUUCAAGCUGGUUACACAACAAGAGGGGUUUGAAUUUCACACAAAAUGCUGUGUCAUCAAGCUGAAUCAUCUCUGUUUUGCAAAUGUUGUUCUUCUAUUUUGCAAAGGAGAUUACCAUUCAAUGAUAUUAAUUCUCAGAGGUUUGAAGACAUUUUCACAGGCAUCAGGACUCACCACCAAUGCAGGGAAAUCAAACAAUUUCAGUGAACAUAAAUAUGCAACACGUGGAAGAGUUAUGUGAGAUCACUAGAUAUCAAAAAGGCAAACUCCCAUUCAGGUACCUUGGAGUCCCCAUUACAUCAAGAAAGAUAUCAGCUGUAGAUUGUGAAAUGUUGGUGGACAAACUGACUGCUAAAAUUAGAGGAUGGGGAUCGGCAACCCUAUCAUAUACUGGAAGAGUGCAGUUGAUAAAUUCAGUUUCAAUGCAGGCACUUGUGUAUUGGGCAUCUAUCUUUAUGCUACCUAGAGCAGUCUUGAAAAGAAUAACUUCUAUAUAUAGGGAUUACCUCUGAGAUGUGAAGGUGAACACAAACAGGGUACCAUUGAUAGCCUGGGACUUGAUGUGUUAGACCAAAGAAGAAAGGAGGACUAGGAGUUACAGAAUGUGUGAGCUGGAAUGAUGCUGCCAUAGGGAAAUAUGUAUGAAUAUAGCUCAGAAAGAAGAUAAUCUAUGGGUAAUGUGGGUUAAUCACCUAUAUAUAAAAGAAGAAGAUUGGUGGGACUACGAAGUACCUCAGGACAACAGUUGGUAUUGGAAGAAGAUAUGCCAUAUCAAAUACAAAAUGGCAAGGGGGUAUGUGAAUAACCACAAGAUCUCUCAAGGUGGAAAAUACACAAUAAGAAAUGGAUAUAAAUGGCUAAGUGGAAGCCAGGUACUAAGGCAACAUCAAACUUGGGUGUGGAAUAGCUUAAAUAUACCCAAGCAUAUGUUGGCUAACCAUGCAUGGUAAGCUACAAACAAAAGACUGGCUUGCACGAAUAGGACUCAGACAGCCUAUGUGUGAUAUGUGGUCAAGCAACAAAGACUAUAUCUCAUUUGUUUUUUGAGUGCCUUUUCUCUAAAGCAUAUAUUAUUGAGAUACUACGAUGGCUGAGGAUAUGAGUGCAGAACAUGGAGCCGGAAGAUCUUUGCAAAAGAAUCACAAGAAAUGUAAAAGGGCGUCUAAGGAAAAACUUUGUCCUUGACAUCAUGUCUGCACUGAUAUAUGGCAUAUGGAAGGGAAGGAAUGAAGCAUUGUGGAAAAACAAAGUCCCAAGGCCACAGAGCUUAUACAAGCAAGUGAAGGAAAAAUGCAUACAUCGGAUGAGAGACUGUCUGGAUCGAAGGAAGAAAGAGGAUGAUAGGAUAUGGCUGAGAAAUUUUUUAUCACUAGAACAACAUAGACAUGUAAAUAAGCAGUAGAGCUUUAAUUUUGUAGGAGAUGUCUUAUAGGUGCUGUUAUUUUCUGCUCUUUGGCUAUAGCCGAUGUAUAUGUUUUUGUUUGGCGAUGAAUAAAAAUCGUUCUUUCACCAAAAAAAAAAUAAAAAAAAAAUAAGGUGUUAUGAUGCCUGACAAAGUUCUUUCUUAACUUUAGAUUUGAAAAAUUAGAGAUACAAAAACAAAAUCUACAAUUAUAAUGCGACCAAAAAGUACAAACAUAAAAUUCGUUUCGAGUGAAGGACAUUCUCUUCAUAUUUAUUGCCGUAAUUGGGUUCUACCACACUAAACAACUGUGUAGUAAGCAUCUCAAUAUUUUUUUCAAUACCGGUAAAUACGUUUUAGCAUCAAAUUAACUAUUUUCACCCAUUUUUGUAAUUUCUCCAUAUUUUACACACCCAUUGUGUGUCACUUAAUCUUGAUUUCUUGUUAAACUACAAUAAAAUAUGAUAAAGUCGGUGUUAUUUUAUCAAAAGAAUAUGUCAUAUUUUAAUUAAAUAACUUACUUAUUUCUUGUUAGAGUUUUGUUUAAAAUAUUCAAAAGUCAAUAUUAAGUUUCAAAAAUGAUGUUAUCCGUAGACGUGCCGAUUAGUUUCGAAACAUAUCCUUUCAAAACAUAUAUAGUGAGUGAUAUAAAUCUCAUUUUUGAUUUAGCGAAACAAAAUAAACCUCCCAUUUAAUUUUAAAAAUAGCGAAAAUCUUCCUGUUACUUUAUUAUUUCAUUGCAGAAACAUAUAUAAUGUCCAACUUUUGUUACUUUCAUACGUAUUUAAAAAUCAUAGAUCAAAUAAAAAUGGAAUGGAGGGCAUUUUAGUCAAAAAAAAAUUGAUAUUUAAUGCUCUUAAAUCUUUAUCAGCAAAUGGGGGUUAUUUGUGAGAUUUGUUAAAUUAGGUGGAUGUUUGAAUAAUAAUAAGUUGGAUGCUUUAUUAAAUUGACCCAUUUUAUAGUAAGUUAUUUAUUCUUUUUUUUUGGUUAAAAGUUAUUUAUUCUUUAUUAUACCACAUGUAUAUAUAAUAAGGUUGUCAUUGUUUACUUCCUCAGUCAACUUAUUCUUCUUUCUUCCUUGCAAAACAGAGCGAUGAAGAAGUCAAGAAGUUUACCCAAUGACAUGCCAGCAAGGAUCAGCGGCACCAAUGAAAGUGUGUUAACCAUAAUUCUUCUCCGUUUGCCUGUGAAGUCUCUAAUCAUAUUCCGUAGGGUAAGCAAACAAUGGUCUUCUCUUAUCUCCGAUCCAUACUUUUGUCACUCUCAUACCAUAUAUAGUAUUAAAAAGAACCCCAAUUUUCUUUCCCCUUCUGGUUUCUUCAUCUAUAACUCCUUUUAUAAUCAAUUCCUUUCUUUUUCUUUAUCUAGAAAAAGAAGUAAACCUUCUUUGCCUUCCCUUUCGUUUUUAGGCCAAAAUUGUAAUAUUUUACAGUCAUGCAGUGGCCUCUUACUAUGUCAUUUGAACUGUGGAACCCUCUGUGUUUGUAACCCCACAACAGGGAAAUUCAAGUUUCUUCCAUCCGCUAAGUUUGACGGUGAAUUCUCUUGGAUAAGUCCAUUUACACUUGCUUUUGAUCCUUCUCGAUCGCCUAAUUAUAGAGUUGUUUGUUUCAAGAGGAUUAAGAAAGAAUCACCUGAACCAACUGGAAGUUACUAUUUUUUGAUAUAUAUAUAUUUAUCUGAGAUGGAUAUCUGGAAAUCUAGCAAUUCUUUUAAAGUGAACAUGUGCCCAGACAUGGCUGCGGGAAUCUUCUCAAAUGGUGUUGUUCAUUGGGCUUGCCAUGAACAAUACAUCCGGUUCGAUACGAAUGAGGAGAAGGUGAUGCUAAUGAGAUUGCCAUUUGUUUAUGUGUUUGAUAGGGAACAUUCAUGGGAAAUUGGCUCCCUCUGGCAAUGGCAUGACACUAUCUAUUCAGUUAUGAAAAGUGAGGAGAAUUUUAGUUUGCAUGAGCUGGAUCAAGCUACUUUAAAAUGGAUUCCGCACAAGUAUUACCUUGCUUCCUAUAGUCUUGCGAAAGCAGCAUAUCGUGCAGUUACGAAGGAAGGGACAGAGGCACACAAAUAUGAUCGAACAGAGCGCAAGUUCUCUGUAAUUGCUUUGGUCAAGGGAGACAAGGAAAAGGAUACUGUAGUACUGAUAGCCAUUUUUGGCAAAGUCAUUUCCUAUAAUUUUGCACGGAGGAAGAUUAAAAUCAUUCUUGACUUGGAAUUGCCGAGUGAUAUUGUGAGAGAUGUAUGUUGUAAUUGCCUUAGUGCUUAUCAGUAUGUUCAAACUCUGUCUCCUGUUUGACAGUGUUGUUUUUCUUCAAAUAGUUACAGUUUGGGUGUUAGCAUGAAAUCUGCUACUUCUUCCUUUGUGUACUUGCAUUUCUAAUAGGUACAACGAUCUCAUUUCUGUUGAAUGAUUAAAACUGAAUUUUUGCUCCAAAUUUUGUAGAAGAAUGAAACCAUGAAGUACUAUUUACUAGUAAAGGGAACCCCUCUUGGCUCUGUUUUCUUAAUUUGCUGCUAUUACAAUUGGUCUGAAUAAAUGUAAGAUAAUGUCGAAGUGCCGCAACCAUUGUGAAAACUAAUUGUGACCCAAUCGUUGAUACAGUACUUCAGUACUUUUUUUUUGGUCGGAAAGAUAGGCAAUAUUAUAACAUAACAACUAUUUACGUAAGUUUAGAGUCUUGGAUGCAUAUACGGCAUCCGUUGUACAAAGAUAGAGCUAGAUUGUUUGUUUCCCACUACUUGGGAAACAACACUAGUACUGGAAGUAGAAGCUACUAAGGGAGUUGUACUAUUACACACACUAGCUAAACCAUAUUGUCACACCUUUUUUUUACACACCCGACGGUAUUACAAGGAGUUUUUUCAAUUUAAGUGACAUUAUUCGAAAUAGGAUUAUU